UGAAGCGCGGCCUGGUGCGGUGAUGGUGGGGGCGGUGAGUGAUCAGCCUCCCGGCUGUAGAGUUGAUGGCGGUUUUGGUGGAGAUCUCUGAGUGAGAGUGCACUAAUACCUCCCCUAUUGCCUUUUCUUUCCUCUUCAAGGUUUGUGGCCUGGCAUCUCCUUGUUAGGAAAUGAAGAGCUGUCAAGGAAGUGAGGGUUAUAGACUAUUUGAGUUGAAAGCACAAUGAUGGCGAUGUCUGUUGGAGAAAGUCAGAUCCAAAGGAUAAUCCGAGACCUAAAAGAUGCGAUUUCAGAGUUAAAUCGAGAACACAAGGAAAAUGGUGAGCCAAUCACUGAUGAUAGCACCAACCUGCACAAAUGCUGCUUAAAAUUAGAAUACCUCCUUCAGUUUGACCAGAAGGAAAAAACUACUUUUCUCGGUAACAAGAAAGACUACUGGGAUUAUUUCUGCAAUUGUUUAGCCAAGGUGAAAGGAGCCAAUGAUGGAAUUCGCUUUGUGAAGUCUAUCCCAGAGCUGAAAACCUCCCUUGGGAAAGGACGAGCAUUCAUUCGGUAUUCUUUGGUCCAUCAGCGCCUGGCUGAUACUAUUCAACAAUGUUUGAUGAACGUAAAAGUCACAAGUGACUGGUACUAUGCACGAAGCCCAUUGCUGAAAUCUCAUCUCUGUUCUGACAUCGUCGAUCACCUCUAUGAAUUAAAUGAAGUGCAGUUUGACUUGGCCUCUAGAGGACAUGAUUUGGAUGCUACUUGGCCAACUUUUGCACGGAGGUCUUUCAGCCUAUCACAUUCUCCAUCACAUCUUUGGAAGCCACCAAGUAGAUGUUCCAGUAUAAGCAGCUUGGUCAGCAACUAUUCACAAGCUCCAGACUGUCUUUCGAAUCCAGAAAUAAACAAUCCAUUAAUAGCAGAGCAGCUGGAAACCUUCGAUGAGUUACGCGCUGAACUUGAUCAAUCUGAUGUAAAGCAAAGGGAGAUGCAGGAGAAGAUCCAGCAGAUUGAACUGGAGAAGGAAGAGCUACAGAAGAUGAUAACUUUGCAUGAGCAAGCUGCAGAAGCUAUGAAGGAAUCAACUGCUGAUACAAUGGAGGAAAACCGUAAAUUAAAGCAGAUGUUGGAAGAGUUGAAUCAGCAGUCUGAGGGCUCUGUUUUUGCUCAAGACACUGUUAAAGAGCUUCAGAAGUCUUUGCAGACAUUAGAGGUCAAUUCCACUCAAAAACAACAGGUGCUUCAGAUGAAGAUUAUGGAAUUAGAGUCAUGUAAUCAAGACUACAUAGUAAAGUUGCAGUCACUAACACAAGAAAUGGAAAGGAUCAGGGCCUCUGAAGAGAUAAAAGAUGGCAAUUUUAGUGAACUUCAGACCAAGCUAAUGACAGUGGAAAAGAAGAACAUGGAGCUGAUAGCAAGGAUAGAUAGUAUUUUGACUGAAAAGGGACAGCUAACAGCAACCCACUAUGAUUCAGCACAGAAGAUCCAUGAGCUUCUUGACAAGUUGAAUGAGGCUGAACGGGAGGAAAUUGGAAUGCAGAGAUUAAGCUGUAUACAGCAGUCUCGGCUGGAAAAGUUAACAAAUGAUUUGAAAUUGAGAGAAUCUCUAAUAAAUGAGCUUGAAUUAAAGCUAAAAGAGACAACUUCAAACUUUGAGGAGAAAAAUGCUAUGCUUGCAAAGAAAGAUGAAGAGCUAGAGAGUACCCUGAAUAAAUUGAAAGAAAUUGAAAGUGUACAAGAAAAGGACACCGCAGACCUUGAAUCAGGGCAGAAUUCAGUUCAGGAGCUGAGAAAAGAGCAAGAAGAAACACAAACUAAAUAUGAAAAGUUAAAGGUUACUUUAGAAGAGCAAAUAGACACACUUUCCAGCGAUCUCAAAGCCAAAGAAUUAGAACUGUCUGCUGCUCAUAACAAGGCACAAAACCAUCAGGAGGUUCAAAAUAAGCUUUUAAGUGAGAAAGAAGAACUUAAGAAAAAAUUGCAAGAUUUAGAAGAAUUACUAGCCAAGCUGCAAAUGAGGACAGAGCAUAUAAACAUUGAGUAUCAGAAAUUGCAAACCGAGAGCAAGAAACAGCAACGGGUCAUGCAGAAACACAUUGAAAGAGAGAAAGAAUUGGAAGAGACGUGUUUAGCCCUUGAAACUGAGAUAGACAGACUGAACGCAUCUGAGAAACAGUUACAGGGCCAAAUAGCUGAUGCCAAGGUGACAGUGGAUGAGAAAGAAGCAAAGCUAAGGGAAGAUAACAGGCAGUUGAAUGAGAAAUUGCAAAAUGCUCUCAGGCAGUUUAAAAGAGCAGAAACAAAACUGGAAAAGAAUCAGUCCGAAUUUGACGAUCUGAAACUAGAAGAAAAUAAGUUGAAUGACUGCUUAGUAAAUCUCCAAGUAUAUUGCCAAGCUAAGGAAGAACUGAUUUCAGAUCUGCAGAAUAAAUUAGUAGAGUCAAAGCAGAAUGAAAAUUCUCUUAUCUCCCUUCUAAAUGAGAAAGGAGAUGCUUUACUUGAAAAAGUUAACACAUUAAAGCAGUUUUCAGAAAACAUUGAGAAAAGUCAGGCAACAAUAAAGACUUUGGAAGAAGAAAAAUUGAACCUUGAGAAUAACUUUAAGCAACAAACUAUGCUUUCAGAAAGCCUGAUUGCUGAUAAAAAUGCAUUUGUGGAAGCACAGCUCCAAAAGAGAGAGCUUCAGGAGAAAGAAAUGCAGGAGAUAAAUACAAAGUUAGUUGCUACUAAAAAUCAGCUUGAAACUCAGCAGGCUGAAGUAACAAGAUUGCAGGCAGAGGGCCAAGAACUCAACUCAAAGCUUAAACACGCACUUGCGGAAAAGGAAAAUAUAUGCAGUAAUCUAAAUCUUGCAAUAUGUUCCAAGGAGGAAUACAGAACCUUGGUUCAAAAUCUAAAGGAACAGAUAGAAUCAAUUAUUAGUGAUCAUUCUGAGAAAGUCUUGCUGUUUAAAGAAAAGGAAGAUUAUUUUAAAAAUGAAAGGGAGAAGUCAAUGCAGCACAUAAUUGAACUUGAGGAACAACUUAUGUCCGUUAAAGAAGAAUUGUCCCAGCUGAAACAGUAUAUUGAAAAGAUAGAGGUUGAGAAUGUUGAGACCAAAGAUUUACUUCACAGGGCAAACACUGAAAUGGCAGAACUUGGCAUACAAAUUUGUACACUUAGUGCAGAAAAAGCUGACACUGAGCAGAAAUGUAUUGAAAUUUCUCAACAGCAAACAACGUUCUGCGAGGAGGUAAAAACAGAACAAAAUCAAUUAAAUCUUAAUGUUUCCAAACUCAAGAGUGAGAACGAACAGCUGCAUGAAGAGUUAAGGAGAUUGAAACAGUCAGCUACAUGCGUAAAAGAGUUGCAGAAAAAGCUAGCACAAGCGCAGCAGCAAGUAGGAAGCUUCCAAGAAGCUGCAAGAGAAGAACUGUCAGCAAUCAAAUUUCAGAUGAGUGGAGAGGUGAUGGAUUAUCAGAAUAAAUUAAAGACUGUUGGUGAAGAAUUGGAGGCUGUGAGAAAGCACCUUAAUGAGCGACAAACCCAAAUAACCUCAAUGGAUAAACAACUCCUUGAAUUUCAAGCUCGCAACUGUAAAUUAUCAGAAGAAUUGGAACAAAAAGCGCAAGUAAUUGUGGAUUCACAAUUAUUGAGAAACGAAAAGGAGGAAGAACUAAAAUCCCUUGCAGAAAAUUUCAACAGUACUCAGCAGGAACUGGAAGCUGUAAAAAUGGAGCUAGAAGAGUAUAAACAGCACAUUGAGAAGAUCCAAGAAGAGACGGAGAGAAAUGAGCAACAACUUGUGGCCGAACUAGCUGAUUUGAACAGAACUAAAGAAUUUCUGGAAGAGCGCUUAAUCGAACUUAUUAAAGAUAAGGAUGCUCUGUGGCAAAAAUCUGAUGCUUUAGAAUUUGAGCAAAAGCUCCGCGCAGAAGCACGAUGGCUUGGGGACAGGGAGGCUAACUACUGUCUGGAUUGCCAAAGUCAGUUUACGUGGUGGUUACGUCGGCAUCAUUGCAGGCUUUGUGGACGUAUCUUCUGCUAUUACUGCUGUAAUAAUUUUGUAAUGACAAAACACAAUGGUAAAAGAGAGCGCUGCUGCAGAGCCUGCUACACAGAACAUAGUGCUGUGGUUCAAAGGUUGAACGAUCUUGGAUCUUCUAGUACUCCAAACAGUCCUGAUGAAUCUCCCUCACGGUCAGCUUCGGAAGGGCCAAUUAGCAGAAACACAGAAAGUUUCACCAAACCAGAUGAUGCAACUUUUGACAUCAUCACAGAUGAAGAGCUCAAUGAAAUUGAUGAUAAUGAUUGUUCUUCGGAAAUUGGAAACCAGCUUCUUGCUACCCAUUCAGAGUCAACAUUUCCAAAUGUCCCAUCUCUAAGUUCCACGUGUGAUAAUGCGUCAAUAGAUGUAUCAGGAGUUCCACCUGAAGAUGGAUCUACACAACCUAUGCAAGAUGCAGAGAUUAAUUUGUUGAAGUGUGGAGAACUUACGCUCAAGAUACCCCUCAAGAUGGAUGAGAUUAGACAGUUUGGAGAUAACAAUAGAGAGCUUUUUGUUAAGUCCAGUUGCUACAGUCUGAUCCUUAUUGUUGUUGAAGAGUGUGGUUUGACCAUUAGCUGGAUCUUUUCUUCUGAUCCAAAGAGCAUCUCAUUUAGCGUUGUUUAUCAAGAAUCUGAAGAAACGCCAUAUGAACAGUGCAAGGUUUUAAUUCCAUUAACUCGCUGCAAUUCUCACAAGGAAACGAUACAAGGUCAACUGAAGGCUAGGAAUCCAGGGCUGUAUUUGCUGAUCUUUGAUAACACUUUUUCAAGGUUUACCUCAAAGAAGGUGCUUUAUCACUUAACUGUUGAAAAACCAAUAAUCUACGAUGGAAGUGACGCUUCUGAACCAUGAAACGUGUUCGCAUGUAUUUUUUAAACUAGCAAGGAGUAUUUGGGGAAUAACUUUCCAAGGUUUGAAAACUAUGCAAACAUGCUUUAUAUAAAAUAUAUGUAGUAACUUUUCUUAUAUACAGCCGCAACACAUAAAUAAUGUAAUUGGGGACUGUCAGGGGGAAGCAGUAUUUCUGUAGUGGGCGAGAAUAGAACCUCCUGUCUUACAAUAGGAGUGACGGUUGCACUAUUUUUUGUUUAUAUAAUCAGGCACUAGUUUGGUAUUUUCCCUUCUAAGCAAACCCACUUUUGCUGUACUCCUGUCACCACUUUUACCACACUUUCCAGCUGCAGCUCAUUGCAAAGUUAUAAACUGUCAUGCAGACAAUGCGGCAGCUGUGGUAUUAUGCAUAGGAAAGAAGUGGUUUAGUAUCCUCUCGUUCCCAGUGAUGUUGGAGAACAAAUGGCAUGAAUGUAGCCUAUUGCGAUAAAUACGUUGGGAUUAUCUACCUAAUACAUACGGUGAAGAACGUGGGACAUUAUAAUCUUAUAAGCUUAACAAGCAAAACUUAUUUAUAUUAAAUGCCACAUAUAUUUUGACUAGAGAUAGAUAUAUUUUGAAAAGUUUGUAUGCCAGGAGCUGAGGGUGGUGUUCAUGUCGAUUUUAAUAUAACAGCUUUGUAGUAAUGCCCAUUUUAGUAGUGCAGUAUCUGAAAAUAACUUGGCAAAGUAAUUAAAGUAUUUUUCAAGUUGCAAUGCGCAUUGCACUCUUGUUUAAAAAUUUUGUUAUUUAGACAGAACCAAUGAAUAAAGGAGAUCACUACA